GUAAGGACCAGGAGCCAGUCCAUAAUCACAUGCAGAUUUAUUUGUGUUUUUUUAUUGUAAUAGGAUCAGCGCCGGGGAAUGAUUGAUCACAUCCACCUGAUCCCUGAGCUGUGUACCCUGACGGGGCUCAGCGAAGCUAUGCGCAGUGAUUUCCACGUCAUGAAGGACCUGUCUGUGUACACUCGCAUCACGCCCAACGUCCGCAUGAAAGAGCUGACCAACUUCAUCGGCAGCUUUCCCAGGAAUCAAGAGGCGAAUACUUACCUGCAAAAGUGGCAGGUGAGCUUUGAAGCUCAGCCAGUCAGGAUCAACGCUCGCAUCAUGGAUCGGGAGAAAAUCCUCACCGGUCACCAGGGAAAGAAUGAGAUUUCCUUGGGGAGAAUGCAGAGUGGAGCAGAGAUCUGCGGAAGGAUCUGCUGA